UUUUUCUCGUGUCAUGCCUGGCAAAUACCAAGUAAAAGCAACCCACUCCUCAUGGACUUUUGAAAAUGCUGAAGCAGAGGUUACAGUGGAGUCCAGCAAUGUUGAUGUUGUUGACAAGAUAGUAGUUUCAGGAUAUGAUGUAAAAGGUCAUGUUUUGAGUGAUGGUGAACCUAUUCAAGAUGUUGGCUUUCUUCUGUUCUCGAAAUCUGUAAACCAAAAGAGUUUUCCAGGUUGUGAAGAGAUCCCUCCUGAUGUAAUAGAGAUCAUUAAAAAGAAAAUGGAGGUUGAUGCACCUCUGUGCCGGGUCAAGUCUGGUGUUGAUGGGCUGUUUGUCUUCCCUAGCAUUCCAAGUGGAGAAUACACACUGGUUCCUUAUUACCAAGGAGAACUCAUAACAUUUGAUGUGGUUCCCUCAAAGCUUACUUUCUCUGUCAAUUACAAAAGUGUUGUGUUAAAGACUCCAUUCCAAGUGCAUGGAUUUUCUGUUACUGGUCAAGUUCACACAGCAGAGGGACAAGGUAUUGCAGAUGUUAGCAUAGCAGCUGGUGAGGGAAUUACUGCAAAGACAACGUCAGAAGGUGUUUAUGUUUUAAACAAUGUCACAGCUGGAACUUACACUCUUCAGGCAAGCAAAGAGCACUUCUUUUUUAACUCCCUCAAAGUUCAAGUGACUCCAAACACUCCUAGGUUACCAGUCAUAACUCCACAAGCAUACCAUUUGUGUGGGGCUCUUAAGUUUGACAAGUUUCCACCUGGAGUCACUCAGUUGAAAGGACGUAAAAUGAUUCUACAAACAGAAGGAGCAUCGAUUGCUACAAGGUCAAUGUCUACCUCGGUUGAUGAAAAUGGCAACUUUUGCUUUAAAGUACCAUCAGGGACUCAUACCAUUCAGCCAAUAAUAGCCAUGCAAGAAGUCACCGCUGGCUUGGCAUUAACUCCCACAGAACAAGUCGUGACGAUAAAGAGUAGUCCAGUUAUUGGCAUAACAUUCUCACAGUUCAGGGCAACUGUUACUGGGAUUGUCAAGUGUAUUGGUGGCUCUUGUAGCGGAGUCUCUGUUACACUUCAGUCUGUGUCAAAUCCAAGCCUUCCAAAAGCACAAGUCCAGGUGGCUGAAACUUCUUUCAUGUUUAAAGAUGUCUUUCCUGGAAAUUAUAAAGUGUCAGUGUUAGAAGAAUCUUGGUGCUGGGAGAGUUCUUCGUUUGAGUUCCAAGUGUCUAAAGCAGAUGUCACUGACCUUCAGUUUGUCCAGUCUGGAUUUAUUUUAAAAUGUAUCCUAUCUCAUGACAUAACAUUGUUUUUCUCGCUGGAAUCUCACAAAGAAAUGGAAGAUUCCUUCGACUUACCAAAGGGAACCAAGACUUUCUGUCUGAAGGAACCAGGAGUUUACAAUUUGAUGCCACGCUCAUGUCAUCAAUUUGAGCAAGAAGUGUUCAAGUAUAAUACUUCCGCGCCGUCCGUGUUGACAUUAACAGCCAUGAAACAUUUACUCUCUGGCACAGUCAAGACUCAAGAACCCACAAGUGACAUUACAAUAAAGAUCAGGUCCCUGAAGUCCAAAGAGGUUGCCAUCCUCGGACCACUGAAACCGGAAUCAAAUGAAAAGAAAGAUGAGAGUAAUGCAAACAGCAGCAAACCAGAGGAGGGAAAACAACAGCUUUCAUACAACUUUUCAACUUGGGGAAGGCGCGGCGAGGAAUUGGAAAUUACUCCAGUGUCUUCAGAACUGUUGUUUUACCCUGCAAACAAAGUUGUCACCAUCUCUGAUGACUGUCCGGCAGCAUGGGCUGAAUUUGAGGGAAGGAUGGGUGUAUUCAUUGAGGGACAAAUCACCCCUCCCCUUAGUGGCGUGCAGAUUGUUAUUUCAUCAGGAGGAAAGGAGCCGAUCACUGAAAUUGAAGUGGAAACAGACACAAAUGGAAAAUACAGGGUGGGUCCCUUGCAUGGUGACAUUGAAUAUUCGCUGGCUGCAAGCAAAGCGGGUUUUGUACUCAGUCCUGCGGCUGGUAAGAAAGGAGAUUUUCAAGCGCUAAAGCUGGGACAGAUCGACAUUACGGUGACAGAUGAAGACGGCCAGCCAUUAUCGGCAGUUCUUCUGUCACUCAGUGCAGGACAGUUUCGUAGCAACAAUCUCACUCUGGAUAAUGGCUCUAUGGCUUUCACCAACUUGGGACCAGGACAGUACUUUUUCCGUCCGAUGUUAAAGGAAUACACCUUUACGCCACCUUCACAGAUGAUUGAUGUGGGCGAGGGUUCAACCGUUCAACUCCAGGUCAAAGGAAAAAGAGUUGCGUUUAGCUGUUUUGGGGUGAUUUCCUCACUGAAUGGAGAACCAGAGAAGGGUGUUGCUGUGGAGGCGAUUGGUCUGGAAAGUUGCGAAUCUUUUCAGGAAGAAACAGUUUCAGAUCAAGAAGGACAGUAUCGAUUACGUGGACUUCAGCCUGGCUGUAUGUACAGAGUUCGAGUGAAGAUCGGAGACAGCAAUCCGCAUAUCGAGCGAGCUUCACCGUCAUUUAUCAAUAUACAGGUGUCUGCAACAGAUCUUCAGAAUGUUAACAUGAUUGCCUUCCGCCAUAUCAAUCAAUUUGAAAUCACGGGCAAUGUGGUCACGGACAGUAAAUUCGUUUCAUCUCUAAAGGUAACGCUGUCUCCAGAGAAUAAUCCAGAGACUCCAGUAUUCACCACUCCUGUGAGUGUAGCCAGUUAUUUCCAGUUUCCGUCAGUACCUAAUGAUGGACAACUUUACAUCGUUCGUUUGGAGUCGUCCCUCUCUUCAUUUAACUAUCAGUACAUCCGACCUGAAUCUACGGUCACUGCCACUGGAGUGCGGGCUCAUGUUACGUUUAAGUUUGAACCACAGCCGCGUAAAGUUGAGCCAGAACCAAGUCACGGAUCAUUUCUAACGUUACCUUUGUUAGUGAUUCUGAUCCUGGUUGCUGUGAACCACAAUAAGCUCAUUCCUUUCAUCCAACAAGUACCUCAAUUUAUACAGGGAGUAUCCGCUGACCAACUACAAGCUCAGAUCGAGGAUCCUUUCAAGAACAAGAGGAAACCAAAAGAAAUGCGACGAAGAUAACAGAAAGUAGGGUCUAGGAAUUAUAUAGAAUUGUUUAAACGCUCCAACGAUUGAAUAUUUACAUCACAAGUGAAGAACAAUCCCAAGCAAUAACGUCCAUUUGAUAUUUGUAUGUUUAAGCUGCCCCAAGAGUUUUCUUGGUGUAGACGACGAGUGAAUACUUUGCAUCGACACUGCUCAUUGAGCGAGUUCUGUGACGCGCUUGGUACUCUCGCGAUGAUCGCUUCCGGUUGAUACGUUCUGUCGGUAUUGUCUUCUGAACAUUGUUGUCCUCUGAAUAUUCUAAGAAAGAUGCAAAAACUAUGGGUUAGUCUCUGUCACUCCUUGUUGCUUCCAGGAGGAAAUCAGGUCUAUCAUUGUUACCGAAAUCGAUCAAACUUUAACCACUAGAUGGAUGUUCCCCUUUGAAAAUGUAAUAAACUUGGUUAAUCAUCAGCU